AUGGCACUGAAAGCCCGUAGUACCGCCAACGAUACUACUUUCGCAGAAGCCUACGCUCAGGCGCAUUCUUCUGCCGGCAAACGCACCGUUGGCUUCAAUCCUACCACACAAUAUGUUUCUACCACAGGGGCUCACGCAUUCGUCGCCCCUGGUUCGGGUGAUGCUCGUGGACCAUGCCCCGGCCUGAAUGCCUUGGCUAACCAUGGCUACAUUCCACACAAUGGAAUUGGGACUACUGCUCAAUUCACUCAGGCUACCAAUCAAGUUUAUGGCAUGGGCGUUGAUGUGGCUACCUUUCUCUCGGCGUAUGGUACUGCAGUCGAUGGUGAUAUUGUCUCGCUAUCGUUCUCCAUUGGACAAGGACAAAGUACCAUUCUUGGUCCCGAAGAUGGACUCACAGGAUCACACAACAACUACGAAACAGAUGUCUCCCCAACUAGAGGUGAUUUGUAUGAAUAUGGUGACAAUUAUGAUGUCCAACUGUCCCAAUUUGUCCAGCUCUACGACCUCCAAUCCAGCGUCUCAGACCCAACUCAAGUGAAUUAUGAUAUUCCUCUCCUUACCUCCUUCCGUGUUACCCGUUUACAACAAUCUAUCGAUAACAAUCCGUAUUUCUUCAAUGCUGCUUUCAGCGGUCUAGCUGUCCAGCCUGCUGCGUAUCAAUUCACUUUCCGUCUUAUGGCGAAUAAGAGCGAGGAAUUCCCUGAAGGAAGGUUGGAUCGAGAUACACUCAAGUCGUUCUUUGCAAUCUCAGGACCGGAUGAUAACUUGGUCUAUACUCCUGGUCACGAACGUAUCCCAGAUAAUUGGUACAAACGCGCCAUCGGGGACGAAUACAACCUUCCGUUCUUCUUAACCGAACUCGGUACUAUCGCUGCCGCUAAUCCUCAAUUCGCGUCCAUUGGGGGAAACACCGGUCAGGUUGAUACUUUUACCGGAGUUAAUGUGGCAGAUCUCACUGGGGGAGUAUACAAUGCGCAGACGUUGCUUCAAGGGAAUAACUUGGCAUGUUUUAUACUCCAGGUUGCGAUGAUGGAGCCUUCAGUUGCUGCUGCUACAAUUUUGUUGCAACAGUUGACUGCGGUCGUGAGCCCGUUGCUGAGUCAGUUCGAUUGUCCUGAAUUGACAGAGAUAGACGAUAGCUUGUUCAAUAAUUUCCCUGGGUAUACGAGAUCGAGCUAA